AUGUCUGAGGCUGAAGUGCAGGUUCCCGCUGACCUCUUCGCCGAGGCGGCCGGCGACGCCAAGUUGGUAGCCUUCGUCAAGGAAGUGCAGGCAGCUGCUGUAGAUCCCAAUAAGCCCUAUCGCUUGAACGCAACGGGCGACGGCGCGUUCCUGCGCUGGACUCUGGGGCCCUACAGAGGCUCUGCCAGCGCCUCCAACAUGGGUGCUGGAGACUUCAGCGGCGACGGGCAGACUGGCACGUCCACAGCCAAGACUGGUCGAUUCACUUUGGACCUUGCACCCCACAGGGCGCACCUUGUUUUGAUGGACAACAAUGCCGUGCUUGUGUUGGACUACACUGGCCAUGGGUUCGAGAGGGGAUUGGAUGGCAAUUAUCAUGGAAGGUGGUCUUACUACGGGUGA